GGAAGGGGCGGCACCUCGUCCUCGUCGACUCCAACACUCCGUUGACUAGUCCGAAGAACCCUUCCCUGCGCCAAACCCUAGCUUCCUUAAUCGUCUCCUUCUUCUUCUUCUUCUUCUUCUUCUCCUUAGACUUUUCUCUUUCUUCAAUCGAAACCCUAUUUUUCAUCCAACAUCACAUUUUCACUUUGUCCCCGAUGUCCUCCACUACUGAAUUAUUCUCCACCUUCAAAGAAACCAGCCAAUCGGUCAUGGCUACGCGUCGUCCAUGGCGCCAGCUCCUCGACCUCUCCGCCCUGAGCUUCCCUUCUUCCAUCUCCGACGCCACCUCCCGCAUAGCCCAAAACGUUUCCCAUUUUUUCUCCAACUAUACCCUCAUCGUUCUCAUCAUCCUCUUCCUCAGCCUCAUUUACCACCCUUUCUCGAUGAUUGUGUUCUUGAUUGUUUUCGCUGGAUGGUACUUCCUCUACUUCUCGCGCGAUGAACCUGUCAGUGUCUUCAACUUGGCAGUGUUGGACGAUCGAGCCGUGGCCAUUGGGCUUGGUAUAAUCACUGUGGUGGCUUUGAUUCUGACCCAUGUAUGGCUUAAUGUAUUCGUAUCGCUAGUGAUUGGAAUUGCGCUGGUCUGUCUUCACGCGGCUUUUAGAGGUACCGAAGAUCUUGUUAUGGAUGAUCAGGAAUCUCCGUAUGGACCUAUGCUUUCUGGUGGUACGGCUGGACCCUAUGCCCCUGUAUAAUUUAAGUUUAUUGAACGUUUACUGAUCAUAGAAGUGGGAGGUACUGUCUUCUGUAGGCUUUUGUUUUUCAGUUUUUGUUCUGUAAAGUCACAGGAUUUAUCAAUCAGAUUUGGAUUCCAGUUCUUCAAUUGUAGAUUGAUGCUAUUCUAUUUAGACGAUUUAAAUGGAUUUGGUACCUUCCAACAUUUA